UCGUGGGCACUUAUUCUGCAAGCAUGGCUCUUCGAGUUUUAUUGAUUUGGCUGCUUGGCGCGAGGUUCGCCUCCGGUGUCGACUUCAGCCCCGUCUACGAGUGGCACAAAUUGGACUUUGCGUGGCCCUCGCAGGAGAGCAGGCAACAGGCUGUCAAUCAGAGUUUCAAGCAGGAACAAAUCCAACCUCGAUACAUGGCGGCGUCCGGCGACAAACUUUUCUUCAGCCUUCGCAGACAGAACGGCUUUCCGUCUACCCUCGUGUGGCUGCCGACCCACACGGCGUCAAAAUCUCCAAAUUUGAAUCUUUUUCCGUCCUGGCAAGUUAAUGCGUCGGCAAAUGACAUCUGCAGUGGGAUUCGGCAGCCAAAAACCUUGCAAGUGGACACGAAGGGCCGACUGUGGGCUCUGGACGACGGUGACAAAGGUUCGUGUCCACCUAAACUGUGGAUUUUCCACGUGGAUAACGAAUCCGUUGAGUUUGUCCACCAGUUUCCAGACGGCAUGUUCGAUACUAGCACGGACCAUUGGAAGACCAUGAAUGACAUGGUGUUGGACGAGUGGGAUGACGACAUCCUGGCGUACAUCGCGGACGGACGUUCCGAACAGCUCGUCGUGUUCAGUCUCAACAGAUUCGAGUCGUGGAGCGUGGAAACCGGAAGAGUGGGCCUCCAAUCGAUCGCCCUUUCGUCAAAAUCCAGACUCUUGUACUCGAACGAGUUCAGGGGCACAAGAUUAUUUUCCAUCUCCGCCGAUGACCUCCGGAAUGGAAAAACCAGCGUGGACUUGAACCAAAUUGGCGACUGGACUGCGAGGAGUGUUUACAGUAUGAUCUCGGACAGCGACGGCGUCCUGUACUCUGCUUUCUACGAAAAAAGCUUCAUCCACCAGUUUGAUUCGAGGGACGUCUUCAGGGAAGAGACCUUUCACGACGAGGGGAAAACUCUACGAGCCGUGGGGAGAAUGUUUUCCUUCGCACUGGACGCCUCCAGGAACUUCUGGCUGAUGGUGGUAAACGAAAUUGCCGGUCAGAAAUUCUACAAGCUGAUCAAGACUUCACUAGCAACUAAACCGAAUUUAACAACGACAGCAGUCCUUCCAGAGCUGGAUUUCUGCAAAGAAAACAGCGGAGUGUGCAAGAACGGCGGCGUUUGCGUCAGUCUGAGCGAGCAGGAGGGAAACUACUUGUGCGACUGCGCGGAAAACACGUUCGGGCAGCACUGCGAAGUGUUGCAAGACACUCCAGUCCUGCUUUCAGAGCAGCAGAUGGCCCUCAGGCCCGGCAGUAUGAACACCGUCUUCGAGUGGGACAAAAUGGACUUCGAUUGGCCUUCCGAGAAGAGCAGAGCAGACGCCGUCAGGGACGGGAGCUACUACCCUGGCAAAUUGCCACCCUUCUACCUCGCAGCGCACGGCAACAGGAUUUUCCUCAGCUUCUCUCGAUACGAGGGCGUUCCCGUGACCCUCGCGUCCCUGCCGAUGACCAACGCACUCUCCGUGUCUCCGAAACUCACCCCGUAUCCGUCCUGGCUAAUGCAGAAAAAAGGGUACUGUAGCGUUCUGCAAGACAUCAAGGGCCUGGCAGUGGACUCUCUGGGCCGCCUGUGGGCCGUGGACAACGGGCAGGACGAAAAGUGCCGGCCGAAGCUGUGGAUUUUCAACCUGGGCGACGACGACAGACUGGAGCGGGUGCACGAGUUCCCUGAGCACGUCGUUCGGCGGCGCGGCCCCAGGUGGCUGACCGAGAUUGUGCUGGACGAGGCUCAGGGCGACACCCUCGCGUACAUCGCGGACUCGCCUGGAAGCGCCGCUCGCCUCGUCGUCUUCAGCUUCAACCUGCGGAAGUCGUGGCGCGUGCAAAACCAGUUCAAGGAUAUGGACGCCCUGGCCAUCUCGCCUCUCAACCUUUACGUCGGGGGCACGGUGUCCAACGAGGUGCGUUCGGUGCCUCUGAAGGAUCUCAGGACGGGGGCGCGCUAUCCGAGUGUCACGUUCGUCGGAAACAAGACGGCGCCGUCCAGGAGGAUGGCCGUGGACAGAAACGGAAAGUUGUAUUUCGACCUGGUGAUGAAGAAGUCCAUAGCCACCUGGAACACCAAUUCCUCCUUGGCCGAAGAGAAUUUUUACACGGAUGUCAACGUGAUCGACCACUGGCCCUUCCUGUUUGCCUUCGACGAGCUGAACAACCUGUGGAUGAUGACCAUAAUAUCCGCGAGGCAGCUUAAGUACAAAAUGUUCAAGGUCGAACACGGCACCGACGAGUCUCUUUCCAACACGGACGCAGACCUGGAGGCGUGCCGCUUGUGCAAAAACGACGGCGUUUGUGUCAGUCUGAGCGAGCAGGAGGGUCACUUUCGCUGCGACUGCGCCGAAAACUUCAAAGGUCACCUCUGCGAGACUUCUUUGAAGCAGCAGGAACCUUCUUUUGUAAAAACUGUCAUCGUUUAUCCAGGCGAUGAUUUUUGAGAGAUAAAUAAUUAAAUAAAAACAAGAUUUGGCUAGA